AUGAGUCAGAGUGAGACCGAUGUGACGCAAACUUGCGCAUCAGAUGCGACUCAUCAACAGAUAGUUGUCUCCAAUAUGCCUGAUGAAAUACAUGGCAAUCCAAGGCCAGGACGAUUCUUCUGCAUUCUUCUUCUUAGUCCAAGUAUCCAUUGGGUAGCUUCUGAACGCCACAAUCCAUCUAAAGCUCAAGUAGCUUCCGUAACUACUACUUCCAACGCAAUGAAAUAUUUAGUUGCCGUUUUAUUUUUGGCCUGCAUGGUAGCUGCCAGCAACGGCCAUCCUUCAAUACAGUCCAGACAACUUAGUGAAUAUCAAUGGAAUGGAGAGCCCAAUCAAGAUAGAGAUUCUUCUGCUGCUUCAAAUGUAGACGAACAACAGAGUUCAUUACUAUCUAAUCCGCCAGUAAAAGUAGAAUUACUACCUCCCCAACAACAGGGUCCAUUGGUUCCUAAUUCGGGAGCAAAAGAAGAAUUACUUCCCCCCCAACAACAGGGUCCACUGGUUCCUAAUUUGGGACCAAAAGUUCCCCCCAAACAUAAAGGUAUUAUUCCUGAGAUCAUUGACUCAUGGAAAAGAUGGUUCGAUAGGCAUAGACAUCAUAGCCGGAGGCCUGAUAAGCCACCAUGCGACCGCAACCAUCGCCGUUGUCCUAAUUGGCGCCAUGAAACAACUACACCUGGACCUGCGAUAAAUACCACUGUUGUUAUUCCAGCAACAAGCCCAUCAACGGAAGUUCAACCAUCAACCAAACAAUCCGCAGAAACCACAGCUCCACCUAAGGUGGAAACUACCGCUCCCGAUGUAAGCUCGACAGUAGUUCCAUCAACAACUAGCAAAUCCAACGAAACUUCGGCUGCACCUGGGCUAAAAAGUACUACACCUGAUGUAAGCUCGACAGCAGUUUCAUCAACAACUAGCAAAUCCAACGAAACUUCAGCUGCACCUGAGCUAGAAAGUACUACACUUGUUGUCAGUUCGACAGCAGUUCCAUCAACAACUAGCAAAUCCAACGAAACUUCGGCUGCACCUGAGCUAGAAAGUACCAUGUCUGAUGUAAGCUCGACGGAGGCUCAAUCAACAACUAGCAAAUCCGACGAAGCUUCGACUGCACCUGAGCUAGAAAGUACUACAGCUGAUGUAAGCUCGACGGAGGCUCAAUCAACAACUAGCAAAUCCGACGAAGCUUCGACUGCACCUGAGCUAGAAAGUACUACAGCUGAUGUAAGCUCGACGGAGGCUCAAUCAACAACUAGCAAAUCCAACGAAACUUCGGCUGCACCUGAGCUAGAAAGUACUACAGCUGAUGUAAGUUCGACGGAGGCUCAAUCAACAACUAGCAAAUCUAACGAAACUUCGGCUGCACCUGAGCUAGAAAGUACCACACCUGAUGUAAGUUCGACGGAAGUUCCAUCAACAACUAGCAAAUCCAACGAAACUUCGGCCGCACCUGAGCUAGAAAGUACUACACCUGAUGUAAGUUCGACGGAGGCUCAAUCAACAACUAGCAAAUCCGACGAAACUUCGGCUGCACCUGAGCUAGAAAGUACUACACCUGAUGUGAGCUCGACGGAAGUUCCAUCAACAACUAGCAAAUCAAACGAAACUUCGGCUGCACCUGAGUUGGAAAGUACUACACCUGAUGUAAGCUCGACGGAGGCUCAAUCAACAACUAGCAAAUCCAACGAAACUUCGGCUGCACCUGAGCUAGAAAGUACUGCAGCUGAUGUAAGUUCGACGGAGGCUCAAUCAACAACUAGCAAAUCUAACGAAACUUCGACUGCACCUGAGCUAGAAAGUACCACACCUGAUGUAAGUUCGACGGAAGUUCCAUCAACAACUAGCAAAUCCAACGAAACUUCGACUGCACCUGAGCUAGAAAGUACUACAGCUGAUGUAAGCUCGACGGAGGCUCAAUCAACAACUAGCAAAUCCGACGAAGCUUCGACUGCACCUGAGCUAGAAAGUACUACACCUGAUGUAAGCUCGACGGAGGCUCAAUCAACAACUAGCAAAUCCGACGAAACUUCGGCUGCACCUGAGCUAGAAAGUACCAUAUCUGAUGUAAGCUCUACGGAGGCUCAAUCAACAACUAGCAAAUCUAACGAAACUUCGACUGCACCUGAGCUAGAAAGUACCACACCUGAUGUAAGUUCGACGGAAGUUCCAUCAACAACUAGCAAAUUCAACGAAACUUCGGCUGCACCUGAGUUGGAAAGUACUACACCUGAUGUAAGCUCGACGGAGGCUCAAUCAACAACUAGCAAAUCCAACGAAACUUCGGCUGCACCUGAGCUAGAAAGUACUACAGCUGAUGUAAGUUCGACGGAGGCUCAAUCAACAACUAGCAAAUCCGACGAAGCUUCGACUGCACCUGAGCUAGAAAGUACUACAGCUGAUGUAAGCUCGACGGAGGCUCAAUCAACAACUAGCAAAUCUAACGAAACUUCGGCUCCACCUGAGCUAGAAAGUACUACAGCUGAUGUAAGUUCGACGGAGGCUCAAUCAACAACUAGCAAAUCCGACGAAACUUCGGCUGCACCAGAGCUAGAAAGUACUACACCUGAUGUAAGCUCGACGGAGGCUCAAUCAACAACUAGCAAAUCCGACGAAACUUCGGCUGCACCUGAGCUAGAAAGUACUACACCUGAUGUGAGCCCGACGGAGGCUCAAUCAACAACUAGCAAAUCCGACGAAGCUUCGGCUGCACCUGAGCUAGAAAGUACUACAGCUGAUGUAAGCUCGACGGAGGCUCAAUCAACAACUAGCAAAUCUAACGAAACUUCGGCUCCACCUGAGCUAGAAAGUACUACAGCUGAUGUAAGUUCGACGGAGGCUCAAUCAACAACUAGCAAAUCCGACGAAGCUUCGACUGCACCUGAGCUAGAAAGUACUACCCCUGAUGUAAGCUCGACGGAGGCUCAAUCAACAACUAGCAAAUCCGACGAAACUUCGGCUGCACCUGAGCUAGAAAGUACUACACCUGAUGUGAGCCCGACGGAGACUCAAUCAACAACUAGCAAAUCCAACGAAACUUCAGCUGCACCUGAGCUAGAAAGUACUACACCUGAUGUGAGCUCGACGGAAGUUCCAUCAACAACUAGCAAAUCAAACGAAACUUCGGCUGCACCUGAGUUGGAAAGUACUACACCUGAUGUAAGCUCGACGGAGGCUCAAUCAACAACUAGCAAAUCCAACGAAACUUCGGCUGCACCUGAGCUAGAAAGUACUACAGCUGAUGUAAGUUCGACGGAGGCUCAAUCAACAACUAGCAAAUCCGACGAAGCUUCGACUGCACCUGAGCUAGAAAGUACUACAGCUGAUGUAAGCUCGACGGAGGCUCAAUCAACAACUAGCAAAUCUAACGAAACUUCGGCUCCACCUGAGCUAGAAAGUACUACAGCUGAUGUAAGUUCGACGGAGGCUCAAUCAACAACUAGCAAAUCCGACGAAACUUCGGCUGCACCAGAGCUAGAAAGUACUACACCUGAUGUAAGUUCGACGGAGGCUCAAUCAACAACUAGCAAAUCCGACGAAGCUUCGACUGCACCUGAGCUAGAAAGUACUACAGCUGAUGUAAGCUCGACGGAGGCUCAAUCAACAACUAGCAAAUCCAACGAAACUUCGGCUGCACCUGAGCUAGAAAGUACUACAGCUGAUGUAAGUUCGACGGAGGCUCAAUCAACAACUAGCAAAUCCGACGAAACUUCGGCUGCACCUGAGCUAGAAAGUACCAUAUCUGAUGUAAGCUCUACGGAGGCUCAAUCAACAACUAGCAAAUCUAACGAAACUUCGACUGCACCUGAGCUAGAAAGUACUACACCUGAUGCAAGUUCGACGGAAGUUCCAUCAACAACUAGCAAAUCGAACGAAACUUCGGCUGCACCUGAGUUGGAAAGUACUACACCUGAUGUAAGCCCGACGGAGGCUCAAUCAACAACUAGCAAAUCCAACGAAACUUCGGCUGCACCUGAGCUAGAAAGUACUACAGCUGAUGUAAGUUCGACGGAGGCUCAAUCAACAACUAGCAAAUCCGACGAAACUUCGGCUGCACCUGAGCUAGAAAGUACUACACCUGAUGUAAGUUCGACAGAGGCUCAAUCAACAACUAGCAAAUCCGACGAAGCUUCGGCUGCACCUGAGCUAGAAAGUACUACAGCUGAUGUAAGCUCGACGGAGGCUCAAUCAACAACUAGCAAAUCCAACGAAACUUCGGCUGCACCUGAGCUAGAAAGUACUACAGCUGAUGUAAGUUCGACGGAGGCUCAAUCAACAACUAGCAAAUCCAACGAAACUUCGGCUGCACCUGAGCUAGAAAGUACUACACCUGAUGUCAGUUCGACGGAGGCUCAAUCAACAACUAGCAAAUCCGACGAAGCUUCGGCUGCACCUGAGCUAGAAAGUACCACACCUGAUGAAAGUUCGACGGAAGUUCCAUCAACAACUAGCAAAUCCAACGAAACUUCGGCCGCACCUGAGCUAGAAAAUACCACACCUGAUGUAAGCUCGACGGAAGCUCCAUCAACAACUAGCAAAUCCAACGAAACUUCGGCUGCACCUGAGCUAGAAAGUACUACACCUGAUGUAAGUUCGACGGAGGCUCAAUCAACAACUAGCAGAUCCAACGAAACUUCAGCUGCACCUGAGCUAGAAAGUACUACAGCUGAUGUAAGUUCGACGGAGGCUCAAUCAACAACUAGCAAAUCCGACGAAACUUCGGCUGCACCUGAGCUAGAAAGUACCAUAUCUGAUGUAAGCUCUACGGAGGCUCAAUCAACAACUAGCAAAUCUAACGAAACUUCGACUGCACCUGAGCUAGAAAGUACUACACCUGAUGCAAGUUCGACGGAAGUUCCAUCAACAACUAGCAAAUCGAACGAAACUUCGGCUGCACCUGAGUUGGAAAGUACUACACCUGAUGUAAGCCCGACGGAUGCUCAAUCAACAACUAGCAAAUCCGACGAAGCUUCGGCUGCACCUGAGCUAGAAAGUACUACAGCUGAUGUAAGCUCGACGGAGGCUCAAUCAACAACUAGCAAAUCCAACGAAACUUCGGCUGCACCUGAGCUAGAAAGUACCAUAUCUGAUGUAAGCUCGACGGAGGCUCAAUCAACAACUAGCAAAUCUAACGAAACUUCGACUGCACCUGAGCUAGAAAGUACUACACCUGAUGCAAGUUCGACGGAAGUUCCAUCAACAACUAGCAAAUCGAACGAAACUUCGGCUGCACCUGAGUUGGAAAGUACUACACCUGAUGUAAGUUCGACACAGGCUCAAUCAACAACUAGCAAAUCCGACGAAGCUUCGGCUGCACCUGAGCUAGAAAGUACUACAGCUGAUGUAAGCUCGACGGAGGCUCAAUCAACAACUAGCAAAUCCAACGAAACUUCGGCUGCACCUGAGCUAGAAAGUACUACAGCUGAUGUAAGUUCGACGAAGGCUCAAUCAACAACUAGCAAAUCCAACGAAACUUCGGCUGCACCUGAGCUAGAAAGUACUACACCUGAUGUAAGUUCGAUGGAGGCUCAAUCAACAACUAGCAAAUCCGACGAAACUUCGGCUGCACCUGAGCUAGAAAGUACCACACCUGAUGAAAGUUCGACGGAAGUUCCAUCAACAACUAGCAAAUCCAACGAAACUUCGGCCGCACCUGAGCUAGAAAAUACCACACCUGAUGUAAGCUCGACGGAAGCUCCAUCAACAACUAGCAAAUCCAACGAAACUUCGGCUGCACCUGAGCUAGAAAGUACUACACCUGAUGUAAGUUCGACGGAGGCUCAAUCAACAACUAGCAGAUCCAACGAAACUUCAGCUGCACCUGAGCUAGAAAGCACUACACCUGAUGUAAGUUCAACGGAGGCUCAAUCAACAACUAGCAAAUCCAACGAAACUUCGGCUGCACCUGAGCUAGAAAGUACUACACCUGAUGUAAGUUCGACGGAGGCUCAAUCAACAACUAGCAAAUCCAACGAAACUUCAGCUGCACCUGAGCUAGAAAGUACCAUAUCUGAUGUAAGCUCUACGGAGGCUCAAUCAACAACUAGCAAAUCCAACGAAACUUCGGCUGCACCUGAGCUAGAAAGUACUACAGCUGAUGUAAGUUCGACGGAGGCUCAAUCAACAACUAGCAAAUCCAACGAAACUUCAGCUGCACCUGAGCUAGAAAGUACUACACCUGAUGUGAGCUCGACGGAAGUUCCAUCAACAACUAGCAAAUCCAACGAAACUUCGACUGCACCUGAGUUGGAAAGUACCUCACCUGAUGUAAGUUCGACGGAGGCUCAAUCAACAACUAGCAAAUCCAACGAAACUUCAGCUGCACCUGAGCUAGAAAGUAGUACAACUAGCAAAUCCAACGAAACUUCGGCUGCACCUGAGCUAGAAAGUACUACACCUGAUGUAAGUUCGACGGAGGCUCAAUCAACAACUAGCAAAUCCAACGAAACUUCAGCUGCACCUGAGCUAGAAAGUACUACACCUGAUGUAAGCUCGACAGCUGUCCCAUCAACAACUAGCAAAUCCAACGAAACUUCGGUUGCAUCUGAGCUAGAAAGUACUACACCUGUUGUAAGUUCGACGGAAGUUCCAUCAACAACUAGCAAAUCCAACGAAACUACCGUUGCACCAGCAAAAUGUACCACUCCUAGGCCUCACCACGGCCCGCACGGCCCGCCAAGGAACACCUUGGCAUUGCUGAUAUAUUCAUUCACUGGUGGUAGUAAAGACACACUUUAUUCGUCCGCUGGUGAAGAGGGUGCCAAUGAAGAGGAUUCGGCAGCCGGGGAUGACUCUGGUGGGGGUGAGCUUGAUUCUGGUGGUGAAGCAGAUGAGUUGGAGGGUGGAGGUGGAGGACCGCCAUGA